AGUCAGUGGUUUAAUAUAAAACAAUUGACCGCCUUUGUCUACAGUGUACGCAUGAAAAGCCAAUCCCUUGGCACUACCCAUGUAAUGAUGAUCCACUGGUCAGUUCUAUGAGUACAGUUUUUCAAUGUGUAAUCAUAAUCCAAAGUCCAAGGCAACGUUGAGACCGAUCCCUUAAACUACGAGGGUAAAGGGGAUUAUCUGCGGUCCGACUGUUUAGGAUGAGUCAACUGUCCAGCAUUGUGCACCAUCUGAUUCACUGAGGGCCCCAGCAUGGGCAAAAGGUUGACAGUAGCGUACGCUUUAUGGGCCGCAGGUGGCCCACUAGGCCUGCACCAUAUAUAUCUAGGUCGAGACAGCCAUGCUCUGCUGUGGAUGCUCACAUUUGGAGGGUUUGGCAUCGGCUGGGCCCGAGAGUUCAUACGCAUCCCUGCGUACGUGAACGAGGCCAACCAAGAGACAGCGGGAGUGAAGAUCCGAAGGCAGCGAGACGCCGCCGCGCCUCCCCCUAUAGGCCUCACCAGGCUUGCUGGGCAGGUGUGUGUGGGCAUUUACUUUGGAACGGUAUCCCUCAUAGGGCUCAGCUCCAUGAGUUUCUUCUACCUGAUUGUACUGCCCCUUUCUGUUGGCGCGGGGGUGUACUUGGUGGCUGACGUUGGCCAGCAGACUUCAGACAUCCAGAAGACCAUGACUGCCUGCCUCAUCACCUCCCCUAUAUUCUAUGGCAGCACCUUGUCACCCCUGCCCAUUAGUCUGGUGGCCAGUGUCACUGCAGCACAGCAUCGCAGAUUCAAAUCUCCAAGACCGGCCAGGAGCACGCAUGGACUAGGUCCCCGCCUGUAUAAGCUGGGGAUGGCCUGGCUCGCCUUCUCUGCUCCACUGGGCUAUUGUAUCUUCCACAACACUACAGCCACUGUUUAUUACAUCUCUGACUGUCUGGCAGAGCUGCUGAAUUUCUUCUGGUUCUUCCCUUGGCUGCGUGGUUUUGUCGAGUACAUGCUACUGAUCCCCUAUAGGAUCUUAUGUGCUAUAACAGGAGGGGGGUACACAGAAGAGGCCUGGAAGAAGGUUCUGGAAAUACUUCUCAGAGAAUACACCGAGAGAGAAAUAGAUGCAUUACAUGUACUGUCUCUGAAAGCAGAUGCCUCUGUUGAAGAGAUCGCUCACGCAUACAGGGAGCUGGCCAAGACCUGGCACCCGGACCACAACCCCAGCAAGGAGGCAGAAGCUAUGUUCAUAAAGAUCCAUGACGCCUAUGAGGUUCUUCGCCAACACAAACCAAACCGAUUCAAAUAGAUGGUACCUUCUCUGUGGAGGAAAUGCCUCGGUUUCAAGUGUUCAGCUAUGAUUAAGACACACGGAGUACAUACUUUUGACGGGAAUUUAACACCAUCUUGUGGCAGUAUACAUAUACUACAAUGAAUCCCAAUAUCAGAUUAUUCAAAGACAAUACACCUGUGAACCAAAACGCCUGGCAGAAAAGUAGCAUCCUGUAAAUAUUUCUUAUGCAAAUAAAUAAGAACAGUCAAUGA